AAGUAGAAAAAUUGUUUGAAUAAUAUAAUAAUAAUUAUUAUUAUUGAAUUAAAUAUGAAAAUCAUACUAACUUUGGCAUUACUGGUGGUAACCAUUGCUGUCGUAUGCAAUGCACAGACAGCAGCGUAUGAUGAGUCAGCUGAAGCAAUUGAAUCAUCGGUGGAUCAAGAAACAUCAACUGACCAUGAUGAUUUGGAUGAACAACUACGUAAAAAACGAUUUUUGAGCAAUGUAUUCAAACAAGUAGCUGAUGCGGGAACAGGUAUGUUUGGCCAGGGACUAGACAUGUUUGGUAAGUUAGCUGAAACUGGUAUGAAUGCCGUAGACCAGGGAAUGGGUAUGACUGAAAAAUUGGUGAAUCAGGGAGUGGAAAUUGGCACAAAAAUGGUGAAACAGCCAAUGGCUGACCAUGAUGAUUUGGAUGAACAACUACGUAAAAAAAGAUUUGUGGAUCUAAUAAAAUCAAUGGCUAAUAUGGGAACAGGUAUGCUUGGCCAGGGACUGGAUAUGAUGGGUAAGGUAGCUGAUACUGGUAUGAAUACCGUAGGCCAGGGAUUGAAUAUGGCAACAGGAUUAGCCAGCAAAGGGUUGGGUAUGGGUAAACAGAUGAUGGAUAAGGGAUUUGGUAUGGCCAACCAAGCAACUGGUCUAGUAGAUGGUAUUACCGGUAGUAAUGGUAGACGACAAGGAAACGGUGGUUACAGAAACAAAAAUCGCAAACAAAAACAACGACAACAAAAACAACAAGAAGAAGUCGAUGAUGAAAAUGUUGAUAAUAAUUAACAAUAGGACAGACAAAUAGACAGACAGUUUAAAUUUAAAAGUUGAAUAAAUAGUUCUACUUUUUUUACGGCUAAAAUCUAAUCAAACUUUUUUUUUAACUGAUUGUAAAAUUAAUAAUAAUUAACUG